AUGGAAGAUUCAGUUCAAGUUAAUGCAACUGAAUCUCAUUCCAAUGCUGAUCAACAAAAUAAACCAAUGUUAUCAUGGGAUGAAAUCAUAGAAAAAAAUUUAUCCAGUUUUGGGUGGAUAGAUUUCUUACAAGCUGUUGUUGUUGCAAUAUCAAUGUUCUUUGAUGCACAACAAUCUUUCAUUAGCAUUUACACUGAUAAUUACCCAAAAUGGCACUGCACUAACACAACCACAAAUUCAACAUGUUCUUCAUCUUCUGAUGUAUGCAAACUCCCAAGAUCUACUUGGUCUUGGGACACACACCCUUCAAACACAAUCAUUUCUCAUUGGAACCUUCAAUGUGCUAGCACUUUCAUCACUGGUUUACCUCAAUCUUGUUUCUUCCUUGGUUCUCUUGUUGGCUCUUCCUUUCUUGCAGCUUUAGCUGAUUCAUCUUUCGGUAGAAAAAACAUGUUAAUCUUUUCUUGUGUCUCAAUGUCCAUAACAUCCAUGCUCAUAAUCUUUUCCACCAAUGUUUGGAUUUACUCAGCCUUGAAAUUCUUGAUCGGUUUCUGGCGCUCGUCGAUGGGGACUUAUGUUCUUGUUUUACUUACCGAAAAAGUGAGCACCGAAUGGCGAUUCCGAGUUGGAAUUGUUGAGUAUUUUACAUUCACAAUCGGUUACAUGUCUUUACCUGGGUUCGCGUAUUUAAACCGAAACUCUUCAUGGAAAUCUCUUUACCUUUGGUCGUCCAUCCCUGCUAUAAUUUACGCUGUCAUUGCUUAUUUCUUUGUUACCGAGUCGCCAAGGUGGCUUGUUAUGCAAGGUAACGAGAAAGAAAUAUUGAAAAUGCUCAAAAGGGUUUCAUCAGAAGAAACUGCUAAUGAUAAUAGCGUUAAUCUAGCUUCAAGUUUACCAAAACCGCCCACAAAAGAAAAUUUUUCAAUUUUUCAACUUUACUCAUCAGUAGGUGAAUUGUUUCAUAAAAGAUGGGCAGUUAUAAGAAUGAUAGCUGUCAUGAUUCUUGGAAUCGGUGUUGGGAUGGUUUAUUUCGGUAUGCCACUAGCUGUUGGAAACUUGGGGUUCAAUGUUUACUUGGCAGUGGUUUUUAGUGCUUCCAUGGAAUUUCCAUCAUGUGUUGCAGCAUAUUUCCUGGAAAACUGUAAAAGAAAACCUUCAAUUCUAGUUUUCUCAAUUUUAAGUGGAGUCUGUUGUGUGCUGUGUGCUGUUCUUGAGCAUAGAGUACCGGUAGCUAAAGUGGUGUUAGCAAUGGUGGCAUUCUUUGGUGUUUGUACAGCUUAUAGUGUGUUCCAGAUAUACAUUAUAGAGCUGUUUCCGACGUGUGUUCGGAACACAACAACAUCGUUGGUGAGACAGGCUAUUGUGUUUGGUUGCAUAUUUUGUCCGUUUUUGAUAUCUGCGGGAAAGAAGAACAAUAUAUUCUCUUAUGGUGUGUUUGGAGUUGUUAUAAUGUUGUCCAAUGUUACUUUAUUGUAUCUGCCAGAGACUAAAGGGAUUGUUCUUUGUGAUACUAUGGAACAACAAGAGAAGAAAGAAAUAGCUAUAUCUGAUAAAGCAGGAAUUUUUACUGUCUAA